GAGCCUUGCGAAACCAACUAAAACCCUAAAAUUACAUUUCAGUUUUAACAACGCUUCAGCCUUCAAAGUUAAAAUCACCCUCCCCCCUGAUAGUCUCGCGAGAUACAAGUAUGUAUACGUGCUCCCCGCACAAUCUGUAUCCGUCUGUGAAAUUCCACGACCUCCGUGUUGUGAAGACCCGGAGCUCCUUUGCUUCUUUUAGGAGAGACUAUAGGAUAUUUGCAGUGGCGAAGAGCGUGAAUGAAGCCUCUAAUUAUAUACCAGCCGCUCCUAUUUUUCUCCCCGAGGGGCCGUGGAACCAGAUUCCCGGGGGAGUUACAGCUGCAAAAGGAUUCAACGCUACAGGCAUGUAUGGAGGGCUACGUGCCAAAGGAGAGAAACCCGAUCUGGCACUAGUUACUUGUGAUGUUGAUGCCAUUUCAGCAGGGGCAUUUACUACAAAUGUUGUGGCAGCUGCACCGGUCUUGUAUUGCAAAAAUGUGUUGAGCAAUUCAGAAACGGCUCGUGCUGUACUAAUAAAUGCUGGUCAAGCCAAUGCGGCAACGGGUGACACGGGGUACCAAGACGUGCUAGAAUGUGUCGACAAACUGUCUAUGCUACUUAAAACAACGCCACAGGAAGUGUUGGUUGAAUCUACGGGUGUUAUUGGUCAAAGAAUAAAAAAGGAUGCACUCCUAAAUUCCCUUCCAAAACUCGUUAAUUUGCUCUCAUCAUCAACUGAGGGGGCAGAUUCUGCAGCAGUGGCGAUCACAACGACUGACCUUGUGAAAAAAAGUGUUGCAAUUGAAUCUCAGGUUGGCGGGAGAACUAUAAGAGUAGGGGGGAUGGCAAAAGGGUCCGGGAUGAUCCACCCAAAUAUGGCUACCAUGCUUGGCGUAGUGACGACUGAUGCCCUUGUUAACAGUGAUGUUUGGAGAAAGAUGGUUCAGGUGGCAGUUAACAGGAGUUUCAAUCAAAUAACUGUAGAUGGAGAUACUAGUACCAAUGAUACAGUCAUUGCCUUGGCUAGUGGACUAUCUGAAUCAACGUUGAUAUCUUCUCUGAAAUGUCAAGAGGCAAUAGAGCUUCAAGCUUGCCUUGAUGUGGUAAUGCAAGGGCUUGCCAAAUCAAUAGCUUGGGAUGGGGAAGGAGCAACAUGCUUAGUUGAGGUCACAGUGACUGGUGCCGAUGGUGAGGACGAAGCAGCCAAGAUUGCACGCUCUGUGGCAUCUUCUUCACUUGUCAAGGCUGCAGUUUACGGCAGAGAUCCAAACUGGGGACGAAUCGCUGCUGCUGCUGGCUAUGCAGGGAUUCCUUUCCCCCAAAACAAGCUUCACAUUAGGCUUGGAGAUAUUGUGCUGAUGCAUAAUGGGCAACCACUUCAAUUUGACAGGGAUGCAGCUAGUGGCUAUCUCAGGAAUGCGGGUGACACCCAUGGUACAGUUGGGAUAUACAUUUCUAUUGGCGACGGCUUGGGCAAUGGGCAGGCAUGGGGAUGCGAUUUAAGCUAUGAUUACGUCAAAAUAAAUGCAGAGUACACCACAUGAACCCAUUGACAUACCCCCUAGGUACACAUUUUUCUGGACACCCUUAUGCCAUUCCAAAAUAAAAUCAGUGUAUGCAAUUGAGAGCAAAAGCCUCUCCAGAUUAAUUGAUUAGUGCAAUUUCAUCACGUAAUUUCUUGAUAUUGAAAUCGA